GGUAUUGAUGACGUGUUUAGGGUAUUUUGAAACAUUACAAUAAUUAAAUAUAAAAAUAAUGUACUUUUUUUAUUAAAUUUUCUGAACAUUUAAAACUUUCAUUUUACUUUUAAUAGUUAGUUACCUAUGUUACGGUAAACGUUUAAACACAUUAAUUUAAUUUAAUAAAUGAGGGAUCUGAGAGAACCAUAAAAACUUUAACUAAGAUGUAUUUUAAUUAGUUUCUCCCGUUAUCAUAAAGGAAACUUUCUGUUCAAAGUAAUUCAAAAUUGUAGAUACAAAGUACCUAUUGAGAGCAUGUAACAAGUUAGUUUCUUUCAUAAUGCCAUAACCGAUUUUGCAUCGUUGAAAUUAAACAAUUUAAAACAUUUAAUAUGCAGUUCGAAUGUACCAAGGAAAAAAUAAAAUUGUGUUUCCCCUUUAUCUAAAUAAGAAAAAAUGGGCAAUUCUCGAUCAAGUGCAGCUGUUUUUAAAAAAGCUGUGUACUUUAAAAUGUUAAACAAAUAUGUAGCAAAGGAAAUAUUUUACAGAAACUGCAGUUAUAAAACUCGAAAGAACCCAUUACGCACAAGCAGACAAAAAUCUUGUAAUAUUUAAUUUAUUAUUCAUAUGCGUGUAAUUUUGAUUCGUGUUAGUUGUAUAUGUGAAUUUUUUACAAUGUUUGUAAACAAUAUGAGUAUUAUCAUGUAUUAUUUUAUCAGUUUUGUGUUUAGUCAGUAUAUUAGGUGUAACCCGCAUAACCACAGAAUUACCACGUGAAAUUUAUACCUUACCAUGUUGAAAUUUAAACAGCUUUUUCCCAAAAAAUGUUCAGUUAUUGGUAUGAUCCAUGUCAAAGCACUUCCAGGCACUUCAGGUUUUGAAGGUUCAAUUAAAACGAUAAUCGAAAGCGCAUUACAAGACGCUCAGAUAUAUGUUGAAAAUAAAGUAGACGGAUUGUUAAUUGAGAAUAUGCAUGAUUUGCCGUACGUCAAAGGAACUAAUUUAGGACCGGAAAUAACUGCCAUGAUGACUAAAGUGUGUUCAGAAACAAAAAGACUGGCAAAGAACGUUCCAUGUGGUGUGCAAGUUUUAGCAACUGGAAACAAGCAUGCGUUAGCAAUAGCUCAAGCGUGUUCGCUCGAUUUUAUUCGCGCAGAAGGUUUUGUUUUCGGCCAUGUUGCCGAUGAAGGGUACAUUGACGCAUGCGCAGGAGAAAUUUUACGAUAUCGUAGAAACACCGGGGCUACUAAUGUGUUAAUUUUUACAGACAUAAAAAAGAAACACAGUUCUCACGCAAUUACCGACGACUUAACAAUAAUAGAGACUGCAAAGGCAGCUGAAUUCUUCAAAAGCGAUGGUCUUAUAAUCACAGGAAAGGAAACUGGUGAUCUCGUGAAUAUUAAUGAUCUAAACGCAUUGAAAGCAUCGACGUCACUACCAAUAAUUAUGGGAUCUGGAAUAACAAAAGACAAUUUUGGCGAUUAUUUAGAUGCAGAUGCAUUUAUUGUAGGUUCCCAUUUUAAGCAAGGCGGAAUAUGGAAUACAGAUGUUUGCGAAAAACGGGUCAAACAGUUCAUGAGUAUAAUUAAAAGACUAAAAUUAUAAAA